ACGACUGCAAUUAUUAAUAAGCCCCUUGGAAGCGUGACUUCAGUCCUCGUGUUUUUUGUUUCCGUUUUAAACUUGUUCAAAUUUUAAACUCGUUGUGUUAAGCGUUCAUCGAAAUAAAUUAAAUCAAAUUAAUCAUGUUGAUUCUUUUUGAAUCUGCUGUUGGUUAUGCUGUUUUCAAGCUCAAAGAUGAUAAAAAAUUGGAGAAAGUUGAUAAGCUCCAUGCUUUAUUUGAAGAUCCUGCCAGUGCCAAUAAAUUACUAAAUUUACAAGCAUUUGAAAAAUUUUCAGAUGUGACUGAAGCUGUUGAAUGUGCUACAUCAAUGUUGGAAGGAAAAGCAAGCAAAAAGUUGAAAAAAUUGUUGAAAAAAAUCGUUGCUAAAGAGCCAAAUGAAAUUGUUGGUGUUGCUGACCCUAAAUUGGCGACUUACAUUAAAGAAAAAUUUAAUGUUAGCUCUGCCGCUACAUCGGCUGUGCAACAAUUAAUGUCCUGCAUAAGAUUGAAUGUUGAAAAUUUGAUACCAGAAUGGUCACCAUCAGAAAAUGAAGCCAUGGAAAUGGGAUUAAGUCAUGGUAUUUCAAGAUAUCAACUCAAAUUUAGUGCUGAUAAAGUGGAUACAAUGAUUAUCCAAGCUGUUUCUCUACUGGACAAUUUAGAUAAAGAGCUAAAUAAUUAUAUUAUGAGAUGCAAAGAAUGGUAUGGUUGGCAUUUUCCUGAAUUGGCUAAAGUUGUUCCUGACAAUACGUCUUAUAUUAAAGCUGUUUUGAAAAUGGGAAUCCGAACAAAUGCAUAUUCAUGCGACUUCAGUGAAUUUUUGGCCCCAGAGACGGAGCAAGAAAUUAAAGAAUUAGCGGAAGUUUCAAUGGGUACUGAUAUUUCAGAAGAAGACAUGAUGAAUAUCGAACAUUUAUGUAGAAAUGUUUUGGAUAUGCAAGAAUAUCGUACUCAACUGUUUGAAUAUUUAAAAAAUCGAAUGAUGGCAAUCGCACCCAAUCUAACUAUGUUGGUUGGAGAAUUGGUUGGCGCUCGCCUAAUUACCCAUGCUGGCUCUUUGAUAAACUUAGCAAAACAUCCUGCUUCAACUAUCCAAAUAUUAGGUGCUGAAAAAGCCCUAUUUCGUGCUCUUAAAACACGCCAUGACACUCCCAAGUAUGGUUUGAUUUAUCAUGCUCAGUUAGUUGGCCAAAGUAAUCCACGGCUUAAAGGUAAAAUGUCUCGAAUGCUUGCUGCUAAAUCAGCUCUAGCCUGUCGUGUUGAUGCAAUGGGUGAAAAUCCAGGAAAUGCUUUAGGAUUAGAACAUAAAGCAAAAUUAGAGGCGAGAUUAAAAGUUUUAGAAGAAAGCAAAGUCAGAGCUAUCAGUGGAACUGGUAAAGCUCAAGCAAAAUGGGAUAAAUAUGAGAAUAAAUCCCAAAUGCUAUCUUAUAAGUCAGGAGGAGAUUCAACGAUGCCGCAAAGUGGGAAAAGAAAGCACGAGAAAGACGAUGUUCAACCCAAAGCAUCAGCUUCAGGUAAUUUCUUCGGACAAAAAGUGCAGCUUAAAACAGAAAAGGAUGAUGACGACGACGAGGAUAGUGAUGACGAUGAUGAAGAAUCUGACUCGUCUGAAGAAGAAGCGAAGCAACCUCCAAUGUUUUCUGCUAGCAAAUCAUCUGCUAAAAAAGGCAAACCUGAACCAGCUCGGAUCUCUAAGCCUGCACCCCAAGCUGCUGCUGACUCUUCUAGUAGUGAAGAAAGUGAUGAUAGCAGUGAUGACAGCGAUUAAUUUCAAGACUACCACUAUUCGUUGUAUAUUUAUGUUAAUUAAAAUGGUCCAUUUUUAUUUUCAAUCAAAUUUUCAUAGUACAAUCAUAUCUAUCAUCCUGCCACUAUUAAAUCGCUGAAAUAUCGGAUAAAUUGUAUCCUUAGUUUAAUUAUCUCGACCAUAAAGUGACUGCUACAUAAUUGCAUCUUUACAUUCUCAAUAUUGAAAAAAUUAAAUUUUUGCAUUUUU